AAGAAAUGUAAUAAGAAGAAGCAGUAGAGUAAAUGUUAGAAUAAGGUGGAAUUCCAAUUUCUUAAUUAUGCAAUUCUCGUGUUAAUAUUGAUUUACUUUAAUGUCCCAUUUGUUUUAAUAUUUUAUGGAAACCAAUAGCAUGUGGAUAAGAUAGAUGUUUUUCAUCAUUUUGUUAAUUUUGUAUUGAAUCUUGGUUAAAUUAGAAAAAGUAUUUAUGUAGAUAUAUUUUUAGUGCAUAGUCUACAUUAGAAGAGGAAGAGGGAACUUUUGCAAAUGAAAAUAAUUGUCCAAAGUGUAAGAGAGUUUUUAUAAAAACUGAGAUACCUCUAGUGAAGGUAUUAUUAUCAUAAAUUGAAUUGAAAUGCGUUCAUUAAGGUAUUUUAAGGAAUUAUAAGAUUGUAUUUAGGUGAUACCAUAUGAAGAAUAUGAAAACCAUAUUAUUAAUUGUAAAGAAAAAAAGAAAUAAUGCAGAGGUUGUUAAUAAUACAUUUUAUAAAAUAAACUAGAGGAACAUGAGACAGAAUGCUCUUAGAUUCCUGUAGAAUGCUAGAAGUGUCAUAAAAUUAUGCCUAAAAUUGAACUUGAAUUUAAACACGAUAAAUAUGUAAUAAAUUUAUCAUUUAAUAAAAGAAUUGUAUAGACAACCUAUUUAAGAUUUAAGAUUAAAAAUUGGAGAAUCUUUAUAACUAAUAUUUAAUUUGUGAUGACAUAAUUAAUUAUUAUGAAGAGAAAAUUGGUAGAAUGAUAAAUGGAGAUUUAAUUGUAUUAAAUGAAUAUAAUUUUUUUACUAUUUUUAAUGCCAAUUAUCAAUUCACAAAUGAUAAUUUAUACAUUGCAAGACUUGUAAGGUAUUAUUAAUAAUAUUUAUUAGAAAUUCAUACAACUAUAAUAAAUAAAAAAAUGAUUUCCUUCAUUUUUAUGUUGAUUAUCAUUUUACAACUGGAUUGGAAGGUUAUGAAUGGAGAACUCGUUUAAUUCGUUUGAGAGGUAAUUUAUUAAUCGGAGUUUGUUCAUCAUAAUUAUCUAAUUCUGUUGAUUUUAUAGUAAAUAGAUUAGGAGAAGUAAAAAAAAAGGAGGAAAAUGAUAAUAGAUAUCAUAUUAUUAGAAAAGUGAAUUUUACUUUUGGAGAAGGUGAUGUUAUAAGAUUUCAAAUAUUACCAUUCAUGUAAUGUUUAAGAAUUACAAAUGAAACAAGACAUUUAACAUUUUGCUUCAAUAGAAAUGAAUUAUAAGAGAUGGGAGAUUAAUAUUUCAGUUUCUUUAGUCUUGAGUAUUAAGGAGAUGCUCUUCAAUUUUUAUGA